CUCAUCGUUACACACAUUCAGUGCACUGGUCUUCCCAUCGUCCCUCACAUCCGGCUGAACGUCUGUCGCCAUGGACAGGCCGCUCGGCCCCCGCCAACCCGACAAACGCCAUGCUGCGUACGAGUCCAUAUUCGGUCGUCCGAGUGCCCAACAUCAUCAAGCGACGCCCCCGCUCGCUCAGUAUCCCUACGUCCAGCAAAGCACUCCGCCCAUCGGCCAGCAAUAUCCCUAUUAUCCACAGCAAUAUGGCGCACAACUUGACAGGAGAACAUCGGGCUCCUCGCGAGCGCAUUCCAUCAUGAAUUACCCUGUGUCACAACAGCAGGCACCACCCGCGAGUUAUAGACAGUCGAUCUACCAGUCCCAGCCUGGCUACUCACCCCAUCAACCCCCCUCACCGAGCUAUGCUCCUUCUAACAACCUCGCAGCUCCUUCCGUGAUUAGUCGUGCACGGUCAGUCGCCAGUUAUCCCGGCGUGAUUGCACCACAACCCGAAGAACCUCCAGAUGCCAGUCUCGAGGCGUUGACACGAGCGGGCCUCACGCCUGCGCAGGCAUACCAGGCACAGGUGUAUAUGAACAGCCCGGCGGGACAGCGGCACUCGCACCCUUCGCAGCCCGCCAACGUGCCGCUACUUGGUAUAAACAUCGAUACCGACGACGGCAGGUUAGGCAUCGAUUUCGGCAGCAACGCUGGCCCUCCCAGCGAACAGGGUGCGGAAGACAGCUCGUCUGAUCGUCAAGUGUCCAGACAUCGCUCGAAAGCGAGCAGCAUGCGCUCGCGUCUUUCAGUUGCCUCGUCGCACAUCCCUAGCCCGGAGUUGAUGGCCUUCCCCACCGGCUCCACCUCUUCACGCCCAUACCCUCUUCAGCUUGACACUGCGGUAUCGUCGGCACCUAUGACCGGGACGAGCUCUUCGCCAGCCUCCUCCACCAUGGUCGAUGUGUCGACAUCACUCAACGUACGCCGCUCAUCUGACUCUUCCAAGACUGUGCCUGGACCCGCAUUCCGCAAGGACUAUGUCCCACAAGACCGCUCGCGGUCGAUGUCUGCAACAUUGAACCCUCAAUUCCGCGCGAUGAUGGAAUCCGGGCGUAUGCCACGGCCGCCCAUUCCGCAGGGUCUCAAUGGGCGCGAUGCACAUGCUUCAAUAACGCGACAGGCGCAACAUCGCUCAAGGACGCCUAUUGUGUAUCCGGCGCUGCUGUCGCGUGUGGCAGAGGCGUUCAAAGUGCGUAUACAGCUGCAGGAGCGUGUCAAAGAUGGGCUGGCAUACAAGGACGCAUUUGACGGAAGAGAAGCCGUGGACCUCAUCGCAUUUAUCAUCAAGACCACAGAUCGCAAUCUCGCUCUGUUACUGGGCCGUGCGCUCGAUGCGCAGAAAUUCUUUCAUGCAGUCACGUACGACCAUCGGCUACGUGACUCGUCUCACGACCUCUAUCAGUUCCGAACAAAAGUGCCCAGUCCGUUCACUAGCGGAGAGCUUGCCAAUGCGGAGGAUGACAGUGAUGGGGCUAAAACUCCAGGGCAACCGCUAAUCAACGAUGGGGUGGCAAUCGAACGCUUAACUGUGAAGGAGAGCCCGACGCCUUCUGCUGAAUCUGAUGCGGAAAAGACUUACAAAGAUGCUUCGAGGCCCACUUCACCAUCUCCUCCUGAUUCUGUCACCUCGCCGACAUCUAGACCGCGGAAGGGUUCGAUAACUGCUGACGAUGCACCAUUACCUUCGGGUGUCUUCACACUUCUCACAGAUUGUUAUUCCCCAACAUGCUCGCGCGACCAGCUCUGCUAUUCCAUUGCAUGUCCUCGUCGGCUGGAGCAGCAAGCUCGUUUGAAUAUGAAGCCGCAAGCAGUACUGAAGAAGCAGAUCAGCCGAGAGAGUCUGGGCGAUUUAGUGGAACCAGGGACAUUAUGGAUUCAUUCGGUGCCUCCGGAAGUGGUCAAUAGUGUCUCUGACGCAGAGAAGAAACGACAGGAAGCCAUCAACGAGGUCAUCUAUACUGAGCGCGAUUUCGUGCGAGACAUGGAGUAUCUCCGGGACCUCUGGAUCAAACCCCUCAAAGAACUUGACAUCAUCCCUGAAUCGCGCCGUACUGACUUCGUGGAACAAGUGUUUUGGAAUGUCCAAGACAUAAUUGCUGUGAAUAUACGCCUGCGCGAUGCGCUCAACAAGCGACAGAAGUCAUAUGCCGUAGUGGAGCAGAUCGGAGAUCUGCUCUUGGAGGCAGUACCUCAUUUCGGACCUUUCGUGUCAUAUGGGGCGCAUCAACUGUACGGCAAGUACGAGUUUGAGAAGGAGAAGAGCACAAAUCCUGCAUUUGCUCAGUUUGUCGAGGAAGUCGAGCGUCGUCCUGAAUCCCGCAAGCUCGAACUUAAUGGAUACCUAACGAAGCCCACCACUCGUCUGGCUCGGUACCCCUUGCUUCUCGAGGCGGUGCUAAAGCACACUCCGGAUGAGAACCCAGACAAGGUUGCAUUGCCUAAAGCUGUCGAGAUGGUUCGGGAGUUCCUCAAGGCUGUUAACCAUGAGACUGGGAAAGCGGAGAACCGUUUCAACCUUCUACAACUCGAUCAACAACUCAUUUUCCGACCAGGCGAAGAAGUUGACCUGCGGCUGAAAGAAGAAGGCAGAGAGCUCAUUUUCAAGGGCGCAUUGAAGAAGCAGGGUGAUAGCUCCGAACUGCUAGUGUUCCUAUUUGAUCAUGCGUUGCUCAUGGUGAAGGCUAAGAGCAAGGUUGAGCAAUACAAAGUGUAUCGCCGUCCGAUCCCUCUGGAGCUCUUGCUCGUUUCUGCACCCGACGACUUCCCGAAUACGAAGCCGAAGGAUCGAGAGAAGCAGAAACUCCUCAAGAACGCUCCUCAUGCUCCUGUCAUACCGUUGAAGGAAAGCAAGGGUGGCUUCUCCAUCACGUUCAUCCACCUCGGCCGCAAAUACUACCAGAUGACACUCUGGGCAAGCACUUACGUCAGCCAGCGCAAAUGGGUGGAGCAUAUUCAGAAGCAGCAGGAUAUGAUGCGAGAAAGGAGUCUCGUCUUUCAGACAGUGACGAUGAGCGAGGGCUUCUUCAUCGGUCCAAAUCGCGUGAACUGUGCUGCACCCUUCCACAACGGUAGACGAGCAGUAUAUGGUACAGAUGACGGCGUAUAUCUUUCAAACUUGUGGGAGGGCAAUAGGGAGCCGACCAGAGUCUUAGCCCUUAACGAUGUGUCGCAGCUUGACGUACUGGAGGACUACCAGCUGUUGAUUGUUCUAUCCGAACGACAAGUCAUUACGUUCCCUCUUGAUGCUCUAGACUUGCAGGAUCCGAUGGCCGGUAUGAAGCGUGCAAAACGGAUAGCGUCUCACAUAUCGUUCUUCAAGGCGGGUGUCUGUCUUGGGAAGACGCUUGUUUGCGUUGUCAAAGCCAGUCCCCUGUCGAGCACUAUCAAGACACUCGAGCCGAUUGAUCAAAAUAUCCGUGGGCGGAGCAAGCCCACAUUUAAGAAGCUCUUGCAAGGCGGGAACGAUACACUGCGCGUAUUCAAGGAAUUCUAUAUUCCGGUGCAGUCCAGCUCGAUCCAUUUCCUCAAAACCAAGCUUUGUGUCGGGUGCACGAACGGUUUUGAGAUUGUCGACCUGGAGACGCUUGAUACUCAAGGCCUAUUGGACCCUGCUGAUCUGUCCUUGGACUUCGUCCGCAAGCGUGAAAACCUCCGUCCGCUUGCCAUAUAUCGAAUUGAUAAUGAAUUCCUGCUUUGUUACGAUGAAUUUGCGUUCUAUGUCAACAAGAGUGGCUGGCGAUCACGCAAAGACUUCAUGGUCUACUGGGAAGGAUACCCAACUGGUUUUGCGCUACAUUAUCCUUACGUUCUUGCAUUUGAGCCGACCUUCGUUGAAAUACGACAUGUUGAGACAGGGGCGAUGUCGCAGAUCAUUCAAGGCAACAACCUUCGAUGUCUGUUCGCCGACACACCGCCAUCGACGACAAAUUCUGCCGCGCAACAUCAACAAUACAAUCCUUUCCAGCAGGGAUAUGGGAGUUACAACUCAUAUUCUCCUGUUUCACCGGCAGUGUAUAGCGGGCGACCAUCCAUGAACGGCUAUGCGCAUCCGCCACCAGGAGUGCCAUUCCCGAGCCCAUACCAGUCGCGGCCGCAGCAUUCGGCUGGUCGCGACGAGAUCCUGAUGGUGUCCGACGACCGCAUCAUGAGAUUGCAGAUGGCGACACCGCAGCAGCAGCAUCCAUAGCCUGUGUGACUCCGGCUCUUCGGCUUGGUCCUCGUUACCAUACGCUCUGGAUGGCAUUGGCUUUGACCCCUUACGACAUAUUGUGUUACUAUAUCGCUCCCGUCUCAUCUACCCGUUUUUCGUACGUACUGAUUCACUUGGUCCGCCUUCUGCGCUGGCCACUAUGUGAAAGUUCUUGCUCUUGUUGUUUGUCUACUCAUCAUUUCCAAUUCUCCCACACAGCAUAUAUAUCCUACCUGCAUUUGUAGCCGAGAUCAUUGUUACGAUACGCGCAGCUAACACAUAUUCGAGCACGAUAGACUACCACAUGCGCCAUGCGUGAGACUGCUGGUCUCGACGGAG